AUAACUGGUAUUUAUGGGAAAAAACAAAUGUCCAAGAAGUUCGAUAUUAAGAUUUUUACAACAAAUCAAAGUGCGUGUACAUCCAUUCUUGAUACAAGCUAUAAGAAUACUCUUGUCGGUCCAAGAAACGUAGCCUUAAUCUCGUUUACAGUAAAAUUAAAUUGGAAAAUUUGUCUAUUUGUUAAAAUAGAAUUUGGAUAUUUUUUUACACGGCUAAGUUUGUAGAAAACAAAUAGCUGGUAUAUAACGAAAGUAUAGAUUAUCAAUAGCGUAAAUAUAAAUUACGUACAUAUACAUAUACGCGCACACAUAUCCUUAUCUAAUUUUCGACAAAAGUUUUCAUAUUACUUAACCUAACGUAAAUGCAAUUUAAAUGUUUCUUCUGAUUCAAUGUCUUACACGAUAUUCGUUUACUCUAUCUACAAUAACUAAAAAUUAUUCAACUCCUUCUUCUGUUGUUAUACGUCCGUGCAAACAUAUCUCUUUUUCAAUAAUAACAACGAUCGCUUAUUAUGCGUAGCCCUUUUUUUUUAAUUUUUUUUUUAUAAAUAUCUGGAUGAUUAGACGCGCUAUGUUUCAUACAUGCGAGUACUUGACAAAGUUAGAAGAUCCGUAUUCAUAAAGAUUUAAAAGAGAACAAUAAUUUAUACCUAGUAGUAAUUAGUCGAAUUUUACGUUGUAUGUAAUAUUGACAGAAAAAGUUUUUAAUAUCGUUAGUAAUAAAUCAGUCAAUUUACAUAACGAUUGCAUUAUAAUACACGAUAUAAUGCGUUAGAUAAACGAAUUGGAUAAUUUAUAAACAAGUACACUCUGGUUGUCUUAUCCAAACUGUAAGAUUCGGGUAAUUUUUAUUUAACACGCGGCAAGCUUUUAUCGUUUCAUCGAAUGGAUUAAGUUGCUCAUGUGUAAAUUACAUGUUAGGCAAAUAAUGUUAGGAGAGUAGUCAAUAUAACAAGCUUGGUGGAGUGAUUGCCUUACUUCUUUCAAUUUUAAUUCUCCCAUAGAGGAAUCUCAAAUUCGAUCCCAGCGCAUCUAUAUAAAAAACGGUGGAACUACUCGGUAACUUAUCGACCCAGUUUUCAAACGAAGGGAAUACUUGCGCUAUCUAUGAAGAAUCGGUUGAAACUACUUGACAACUUACAGAUAAUUAGUCGGCAAGCUGUCGCGUAGUUUCCCCCGUUUUUGUACAGAUGGCAUUGGGAUUGAACAAUCAGUUUCUUAAACAAUUAUUUUAAUAAUUUUUCGGGUCUUGUGCAAAUUUUGAUUGAGUUCUAAAAAAUAGAAUCAAAGAGAGUCAAAAUUGUAUUUUUUCAAUUGUGUGUGCGAGGGACGGUACAAGAGGAACCUAACCUCAUCUGAAUGUGUCUGGAAACCCCAAAAUUAUAACCCUUCAAGAAUAAAUGAACGUCCUGCCUUUCUUGUAUUUGUCGUCACUGGUAAUGACUGUAAUGACAAGUAUCACAAUCUCGGCAGUUCGAACACGAACAAGUAUUCUUGACAAAUCGUUGAGUAAAGGCAAAGGCGAGGUUAGCUUGAGUUGUUUUGCUUUGCUAUUCUCGGAACUGGUGCAGUAUUGUCAAAAUCGAGUUUACACUGUACCAGAAUUACAAAAUAAAUUGGCAGAAUUAGGUGCAGAGGUUGGCCAUAGAAUAACAGAUUUACUUGUUAUUCGAGAAAAAAGUGGAAAACGCGAGAUCAAAUUAUUGAACAUUUUGCUGUUUAUUAAAAGUACAGUAUGGAAAUCAUUAUUUGGUCGGGAGGCUGACAAACUAGAACAUGCAAAUGAUGAUGAACGUACUUACUACAUCAUAGAGAAAGAAGCCUUAGUAAAUAAGUUUAUAUCAGUUCCAAAAGAUAAAGGAAGUUUAAACUGUGCCUCUUUUAUUGCUGGAAUAGUCGAAGCUAUUCUUUGCGAUUGUGGUUUUACAGCAAAGGUAACUGCGCAUUGGCAUAAGGGGACAACGUACAUGGUGAAAUUUGAUGAUGCAGUUGUUGCUCGAGACAAGCAACUUGAAGAUCGAUAAUGUAAUACAUACAUAACAAUGAAAAAUUGGUAAAAAGCUGGUAAUUAUACAAAUAAAAUUGAAAGAAAAUUUAAUUUUCUAUAAAUUUAAUCAUUCUUUAAGACAAA